UAAGCAGUGAGGCGGCUUGUUUAGUUACGCUAUCGAAUAUUUUUAUGUGACCAUAAGGACGUUCACAAAGUGAUUUAUCAAAUCCAAACCUCUUUGCAACGAUCUACUGAAAAGAUUGUAGAGGAGAGAAUUGUUUGCAAUUGCUAACAACGGAUUUUUAUGAAUAAUAGUUUCAUUUUAGACAAAAAUAUGGCAGAGGUUAAAUCCCAGACAACUAUCAAUGAGCCAAUUGUACUGUCCGAAUUCAAUAGACGUAGAUUCCAAAAAGUUUUUGAUGUACUGGAUAAGGUUAAAAUGUUAGAAAAGUUGGUUGAGGAAUUGUACAAUUUACCUAAACGAAGUCCUGAAACCAUAAGAACAGAAAUAAGAAACCUUGAACAAUAUUGUGUAAAAAUUGCAGCAGAGUUAACAUUGAUAGACUUAUUAGUUGGUUACUACUUUACAAAACCUGCAAUUGAUAAAGCGAUCAAAACAAAUUUUUGUAGUAAUUAUUUCGAAAGAAAAGUAAACGAAUGUUUGGAGGAACUGGAUACACAUAAUAUGACCAAUUGCGGGAAACUAUUUGAAGCAGAUUGCUUGGAGCACUAUUUAAGAAGACAUGAACAUUUAAUUAACAAAAAAUCUUCAGACUAUCUAAUAAAAUUUGCAUUGCAAUUUUAUUCAGUGGAUAUUCCACGAGGAGUGCGUAGAGCUGUCUUGCUGGCCACAAAGCUGAGCUUCAUUUUAGACGAAGCAGAAACCUUCCAUCGUCCUUGUAAAGAUUUCAUUAUCUGGUACUUUAGACGGUUCAAUAAUGAAGAUGAUGACUACACAAGACAAUAUGUUUUGGAAAUAUAUAGUAUAUUGAUUGCAGUUUUACCAAAAUUUACUAAGAAAAUUGAUAGUGAAACUAUUGCUUCGACUUCGAAAUCAACAAAUAAUGUUACUGGAUCAGCUAUCAAAGACGACAAAGAAGAUGCAAAAACUCAACCAAACAAAAAAAGGAGAUUCUUCUAAAAUUCAUAUCAUAAUUCC